AUGGUCGAGCAUUUCGGGCGGUUCGUCCGCGCGCUCGACCCGGGCUGCUAUUGCGUCCCCUGGUGCUGCUGCUACCGCACCGCGGGGCUCAUGAGUCUUCGCAUCAAUCAACUCGACGUGCGCUGCGAGACUAAAACGAAGGACAACGUUUUCGUGACAGUCGUCGCGUCUAUUCAGUAUCAAGCCAUCCGCGAGCAAGUCGAAGACGCGUUCUACCGCCUCGCCGACCCGCAGGCGCAAAUCCGCUCCUACGUCUUCGACGUCGUGCGAAGCAGCGUACCCAAGAUGGACCUGGACGAGGUGUUCAUAUCCAAGAACGAGAUCGCGCAGAACGUGGAAACAGAACUCGAAAAGGCCAUGCACGACUAUGGCUACCGCACCGUGCAGACGCUGAUAGUGGCCAUGCACCGCAUCGUGCAGACGCUGAUAGUGGUGCUAACACCCUCGGCCAUGCACGACUAUGGCUACCGCAUUGUGCAGACGCUGAUCGUGGACGUGGAGCCGGAUGAGCGAGUCAAGGUCGCCAUGAACGAGAUCAACGCAGCCCAGCGCAUUCGGCAGGCGACACAGGAGAAGGUGGAGGCGGAGAAGAUUCUGCAGCGCAUUCGGCAGGCGACCCAGGAGAAGGCGGAGGCGGAGAAGAUUCUGCAGGUGAAGAAGGCGGAGGGAGAUGCCGAGGCUAAGUACCUCGCUGGCGUUGGUGUGGCUCGGCAGCGACAGGCCAUCGUGGAUGGGCUGCGGGAGAGCGUGAUGGGAUUCUCCUCGCAGGUUCCUGGAACCACCGCCAAGGACGUGCUUGACAUGGUGAGAUACAGGGCAGCGGUUGCGUUACUGGGGUUGCCAUGUGUAUAG